CUGGUUGAGCAGGAUUUCUUAGGGGAAGGGCUGGAGUAGAGACGAGAAGAGAAAAGAAUGGAAAAUUUUUCACCUACUAUACUUAACUUAAAAGCUAAUUGUUAAUCUUUACCAUUUGGUCUGAAAAUUCUGGAAACUUUUUUUCAACCAGGGUUUAGCUGGAGGUAAGGUUCCUUACGUUUCAUUUUUAUAAACUAUGCUGUUUCACUGUUGUUAAAAAUGCAGAGCCAGAAAUGUCUCAUUUUGACACAAGUUAAAGUAAUUGUAGGUUACUUUAAAGAACAAGAUGGAAACAGAUGGAAUGCCACCAGUUUUUCAUCUUCAAGUCACAGCGGAGAAAAAGCCCCUCACUGUUUAUAUCUUUAUAUAUUGAGACUAAAACUUAAUCCAGAUGAAAGCGUCAAACCAAGUAGCAUUGGAGUUAUUUCAGAGUUUAAAGUGUUUACCCUGCCCUAAGAGCUUAGUCUCUUCCGCUUCUUCUCUUCUUUUUUUUUUUUGCACGUGCACUAUGUACAGACAACAUCUGCAAAGCAUCUGUGUGAACAUAGGAUAAUUCAAGACUGAGUAGCGAGAAGAAUGUGUUUUUUUCUUUUCUUUUUUUUAAAUAGAUUUAAUGACAUACAGCACGUUUACAUGAAUUUUGGUUAAACCUCUGGACAUUGGCAUAUUUUAAGUAAUGUUAUGGCUUUUACUUAAAAUUCAACUUUUCAGAACAAGUUGUGUGACAGCUGUAAAAAACAAUAAACAAGCAUGAACAUCAUAACUUGGGAAUAGUUGUCAGAGGAACCUUCAUGGGUGCCAGAAAUGAAUAUGGCAGGAGCAUUUGCCGCUUUUUUAGUGCUUCUGGUGCAGUCCAAGCUUCCUUAAAGCUUUGGCAAGUCCAAUCAAAGACAUAAUUCUUACAUCACCAUCCAUACCACAGCCAUGGUUAGAUGAAAUAGAUAAUUUAACACACACAGUGGUCCUAUUAAUCAGAGGAAACUUUGACUUUCUUGAGUAUAUGAGGAUGUGUAGAUUGGCUUGAUAACGAGAGCUUGUCUGAGCUUCUCUAAGCGUAAGGACUAAGCUACAUUAAAACCAGUAUUUGAAACUAUUAAUUUACCCUUUCAAAGGAAUAAUGCACAAGACUUUUACUAGGGUGGGGGCAGGCCAGGCAAGCAAUGGAGAAUCCAGAAAGCUAGGGGUAAUGACCACAGUAUGUUUUUUUUUAUGAAUCAACAACAGGAAGGAUUAGAGAAAAACUGGUGUGAAGAUUUUGGUAACUAUCAACACUGCCAAGUCAGCUUGAAGUGUUGUAAACAGAAAUGCUCUUUUUUUUUCAGUCCAUCUAGUUAUUUCUUAUUUCUUGCAAAUUAUUUCCUAUGUACGUGACCUUAAGAGAGCACCUAAAUGGCACUGCUACUUCCAAGAAGCAUUUUUGUCACCACAUUGCAACUACAAUUUCAGCAGACGUACGCCUCAGUUUGUUUUUUACUAAAUUAAAAAAUAAUAAUAAUUCCAUUACCAUUAACUGUCCUGACUGAUCGACUAAAUUCGACAUUUCAGAUAUCAACUCAGCCGAAAGUUGUUGGUCUACAUUAAAACACAGUUUAGUGGCACAAUUUUUUUUUAUGUACCCCUGACAUAUCUAUGUCACUGCCUUGCACCCAUUGGAUAGCGCAAUAUGUAAGUUGCCCUAUGCAAUAGUAAGUCCAAAUUUCAGACUUUUAUCAUAAUAGAUAGCUAAGGUAUCUUAGGCUAUCUGUAGAGUUAAUCAGCUAUCAACAGAUUUCUGAUCAAAACUAUCUUUGGAAAAAUGAAAAUGUGACACAUCUUCUUUCCUCUCUAAAGGGUCUAGCUGUCUGUCAACUGGAUCAGUUGAGCAGCAGAGAUGAACUGGUCGGGACUAGAGAGUCUGUUGAGUGGAGUCAAUAAAUACUCCACUGCAUUUGGAAGAAUUUGGCUGUCCAUGGUGUUUGUGUUCCGUGUCCUGGUUUUUGUGGUGGCAGCCCAAAGGGUUUGGGGUGAUGAGAACAAAGACUUUGUGUGUAAUACUCGCCAGGUAAGACAGAGAAACAAUGCUGAUUAAUGCUGCAAAAAUAAACUGAAUAACCAUGCACAUUUUAAAAGCUGUCCUGCUUACUGCGGCAAUUUCACACAUGCACAAAGGCCUUGCUUUUUCCUGAUACUUGGGUGGUAAAUAACUAAAGUUUUAACCUCAAGAAUCAGAACCAAACCAUUUUCAUGAUUUCCAUUGCUUUGUCUAAAAAUGCAACCAAAGUGUAAAACAAAGCAAGAGCUAUGAAUAUGCACUGUACUUUCAGUUUUGCUGGUAUUUCCACACUUUAAACAGGGGCAAGAGAUAAUGAUAACUGAUAAUAAUAAAACCUCCUAGAUCUAAAUAAAGAGCUCAAGAGAUGUUCAAUAAUUGAAUAUCCACUGGCAUGCACCUUGCCUUCCAGCCUUGACUGUGGCAGUCGCUCACCGGGCUGUCAUAUCUCUCCCUCUUCCACUUAAAGACCUUCUCCAUGCGCUCUUCUCAUGGCACAUUGAGCUCCAGAAUGAUAAUACUCUUUGUUGCCUCUGACCCCAGAAUGAUGUCAGGUCUGAGGAUGGUCUAGCAACAUGCUGGGGAACUUCAGUUUGCUGCCCAGAUCUACUGGCAGCUGCCUGUCCCGCGUGGUGUCGAGAAGGUGAUGUUGGUCUUGGUGUUGUUCUUGGCCUCUCCCCAGCUCUGAUGAAAUUGAUGUUAUGCUUUGUGGGUCUUGAUUUUUGACAGAUGGGGAUGACAGUACAGAUGCUCUAUCAUGUCACCAUCGGCCUUCCCCCAGAGCUUUUGGGCAGCAACUCAGUACAUGCUUGAGGGUCCCAUUCUUCUAGCAAAGCAUGCUGGUUUAUCGGAGGGACAUCAUAGACAGUCUGGAACAGGAACUGGAUACGGUGUGGCUCUGUCCACCAGAGGUCUGUCCAUGGGACUUUUCUUUCCACAGCUUGCUCUUACCUAGUCCAAGCACCUUGCUGUCUUAUCCCCACUGCUCUGCUGGACCGCUCCUCCUAUACUGCUACUCUCACCUCAUUCUGGACAAACUGCCUAAAUUCCUUCCCUCUGGCCUUGUCAAAAAGAGGGGGUGUGCUGGUUACCAUCAGUUUUUUCAGCCCCUUUAGUAUCUAUUUGCCUCUGGGCACUUACUCGGGGGUUCACCGUCAGGUCAUCCAUGAAGGCACUGAUUGGUGGCUGGCAAAUCCCAGACUAGGACUUGGGGCCUCUGCAUUCUGGUUUAGCAGAUUUCCCAAACAUGUUCAUGGCUAGUGCAAACAAGAUCACUGAGAUGGUACAGACCAUGAUGAUUCCCACCUCUAAUCUGUGCCACUCAGAUGUUGUUGAUCCUGUAGAGACUUACACUGAAAUUGCUGUCGUAAUCCAGUAUGAGGUCUCUUACAGCAGUUGGAACAUGCUGCCUCUCCAGUACUUUAUGGACUAGCUUGUGAGGCAUUCAGCCUUAGGCAUUGGCCAGGCCCAGCCGCAGGACCACCAGAUCACCCUUAUUCUCCUUUGCCUCUGCGAGGGGUCGAUGACCACACCUAUGCGCUCUAAACACCCUGUUGCCCUGGAGAUGCCCCCUUUCUGCACUUAAGUGUUGAUGUAUCUGUUCUUGAGGAGGAACUCCACCAGUCACUUGGCAAUAAUACUAAAGAAAAUCUUUCCUUCAACACUGAGCAGUGAGAUGAUAUGGCCUCCUCUUUGGGAAUCCAUGCUCCCUCAGCAAAUUGCCACUGCUACAGUGUUCUUCCCCUUCUCCCAAUGACCUUCAAGAUCUUCCAGAGAUGGUGUAGAAGCUUAGGACAGUGCUUGUAAGCGUUAUAGGGUGUUCCACUUGGUCUUGGUGCUGACCUGGGGCUUGCUUUUUACACCACCUUCUGAAUUUCCUUCAGGAGUGGCUCCAUCGGAUCGAAGGCCUCAGCGGGUUCAGAUGGUGUUAGUACAGCCUUGCACUGCCCUAACUCUUGGUGUUGGGUGGGGUCAUUAAAGGUGCUGUGGAGGUGUUGGUCGACUUCCUCCUUUGAAUAAGCCAGAUGUCCAUUGCGUCUCCAACAGAGGUACUCCUUGAUGAAGGCAAAGGGGUUGUUUAUGAAAGCAGUCUGCUUUCUAGCCCUCUUCCAUCUCUGUCUCCUGUGUUGCGGGACUAGGAGCCUCUUCUUGACCACGUGACAGCGCUCAGCCAGUGGUCCCCUCUCCUCUUCACUGGCUUCCUUAUGAUGUUUCUUAAGGGUUUUCAGCUCUUUCCUGGUAUUGUGGAUUUUGACCACCCUCUGGUUCUUGGUGUUAGGCUGCUAUGGUUCCCUCUCCUCGUCAACACUGAACCCCUCUGAAGCCACGCUCACUAUGAUGGUCAUCAUGGGCUGAAGCCUCCUCUUAACAUCCCCUUUAGUUGUUGCUUCUCGAACCUUGUCUGCAUCACCAUCAAACUUCUGCCACUCUGCUGUUUUGGAGGCUUGGGGUCAUCUGAUCCUUCUCUUCUCGGACUGACUGGAUGAAGGAACCUUUUGUACCACUUGGAGGCUCUGAGGUCUGUGGGGUGCUUCCCGGCUCAGCUCCUCCUCUGUCUCACCAGGUACUGGACCUGUGCAUUGUGAUGCUUGCAAUCACUCCUUACAUUUCAUCCUUGAUUGAUGGAUCUUCAGGUCCUUCUCCUUCUUGCAGAUCUUUCUGUACCAGCACUCUCUACUUGUUAACAUUAAGCUCUCUGCUUACAACACUUCAUAAACAUUUUGUUAAGCUGUUACAAAUGCUUAUCAUCAAUCAUCAGGGAUGUUAGAAAGACUUAUAAAAGAAUUUAUAAGGCUUUAUAAAUUUGCUUAUGAUGCAUUUUAACAAGUGGAUACAUAUGAAGUGUUUCUAGGACUUGUUCCUUUUUUUGAGAGAGAGAGCGAUCAGGAGGUUUAUUAAUUCUGGAGACUAAAAACAAUAAAAUUUAUUUGUUCUGUCUUCUAGUUCAAAAAUUGGGGAUAUAUUUCUUUUAGAAUGCUAAAGGUUUUUUCUUUUCUCUAUUAAUCUUUUUUCACAAAAAAAGCCACAUGCAAAUGCUAUCACUCACUUUACUUACGAUUGACAUUACAGUCAUGGAAGUUAUGGAAAAAUUAAGAUAUUUAUAUGUUUCAUUAUUUCAUUCUUUUUACAGCCUGGCUGCACAAACAUCUGCUAUGACCACCUCUUUCCCAUCUCCCACAUUCGUCUGUGGGCACUGCAGCUGAUUUUUGUUACCUGUCCAUCUCUAAUGGUGAUGGCUCACGUUAAAUUUCGUGAAGGAAAGGACAAGAAAUAUGUGGCACUGCACCAUGGCUCUCACCUGUAUGCUAACCCUGGCAAGAAGAGAGGAGGGCUGUGGUGGACCUAUCUACUGAGCUUGGUCUUCAAAGCAGGAUUUGACACAUCAUUUCUCUAUAUUCUGUAUCGAAUAUACCAUGGAUAUGACUUGCCCAGGUAAACCUUGUGCCACGUCUUUUCAAGUCUUUUAUUUUAACCUCCAAUAAUACUGAGAUAAACUAAUUUUGAAAAAGCUGAUUUACUCUUUGCUUUUAGGUUAUCCAAGUGUUCACUCGACCCGUGCCCCAACACUGUUGAUUGCUUCAUUAGUCGUCCAACAGAGAAGAAGAUCUUCAUGCUGUUUAUGGUCAUAUCCAGUGCAUUGUGCAUCUUCAUGUGCAUCUGUGAGAUGAUAUAUCUCAUUGGCAAGCGCAUAGCCAAAUUGCUCAGGGUCCGCCAGGAGAAUGAAAGGCUCUUAUUUGCUGAGCAACAUGAGCUUACCAACAUGGCCCCACCUAGAUCUCAAUACCGUAAGACUGACCCUACAUUGGCAGAAAGCCAGAUGAGUUUAAACAGAAGGGAAAAGGCCAAAGAAGCAAAUGUGACUACAACAUUGUAGGACUCAGGUACAUAAAUACAUUUUUUCCUAAUAGUUGGCUACACCACAAGACAUGUUACAGAAUGAAUUCACUGAAUGGAAAUAAUAUUACAGGACUAUUCGUGAAACAUGACCCUGUGGUACAGCAGAACAUUAAACAUUCAUGAAUCUGUGUAAGUAAGGUACUGGCUGGUUGUAUAUUGUAACUGACACUGUUUAAAAAAAGAGUAUUACCAUGUUUCAAUAUCACAUUUCUGUCUUUGUAACAAUUGUUCAGUGUAUAGUAGGUCUAAGGCUUUACUGAGAAACAUCCAGGAUUUGGGUUUUACUAUUUUAAGUGAUGUUUGAGUGACUUGUAUUUUUUUAAUAAAUAAUCUUUUAAAUUUAA